UAUGUUCUUCUGAUAGUGAUAUACCAGCUACGCCAAAAAAACGAAAAUCAGCAAAUUAAAAGUUAUGCAAAAAUACAAACCCGAGUGGGAAAAACAGUACGGAUGGGUAACAAGUGAUUCCCAAAAUAAAACUAAUGCAAGGUGUACAAUCUGCGCAGUGAAUUUUACAAUCGGUUCAGAUUAAGCAACAUCAAGAAACUCAAAAACACAAGUUUAAAACUGAAGCCAAAAAAACAUCUAGUGUAUUAAAAAAUUUCCUUACAUCAAGUACUGAGUCGAAUUCUUCAGCAUCAAGUGAAAGUAACAAUAUUACAGCAGUGGAAUUAGCAUUAACUUUUCACACAGUGAAACACAACUUAUCUUACAACAGCAUGGAAAAGAAGUGGAGUCACGAGAGGAAGAAGCUCCUUAUAGAAGUACGUUUGCAACAUGAACCAGAAUUUAGUGCAAAGAAGAAAAAAAGGAAUACAAUUUUGGAACAAAUAAUGCGGGAGAUUCGGGAUGUUGAAAGCACAUAUCCAUUUUCUAAAGAUGAAGCGACUAGAUGUUUUAUCAACAUAAUGGGCACGUAUAAAAGAAUCAAGAAACGUAACAACACAUCUGGUGAGAGUUCUACAAACUGGGAAUUUUUCGAUGCCUUAGACGAGGUAUUCGGCAGCCGCAGUAGCGUUCUUGUGCCAAGUGAAAUGGUCGAAAGUUCACUUCAUAAUUUAAUAGAAGAUUUAACAAGUGAUGGCCCUUCGACACCUUAUUCCAGAGAAUUGUAGAAAAUUCACAAUAAUUCUUAAUUUGUUUACUCUAAU